AUGGCACUACCUCUAUUCUUCGCCGCCAUCCUCCUCUCUCUCCUCCUCCCCAUCGCUGCCGCUGCUGCUGCAGCCGCCGCCCCCGAGGCCCCCGCGGCCCCCGCUCCCGAGCCUCCGGCCAAAUCUCCGGCUGCCCCAGCCCCAUCCACCUCCCCAAAACCAGCUCCUUCCACUCACUCAACUCUGGACCCAAAACAACUCAGAGCCCUACAGUCCCUAAACCUCCCCACCUCCAAGGAUCCCUGCUCCCGCCCGCCGCCGCCGGCCCUCCACAACGCCACCCUCUGCGAUGCUGGCGCCCCUUUCCGCCACCUCAUCUCCCUGCGCCUCUCCAACUGCUCCGACGACGUCGAGCUCUCCACCACUGCCCUCAAGUCCCUCUCCACCCUCACCUCCUUACAAUUCCUUAACUGCCCCGUCACCCCCAUCCGCUUCCCCGCCGAGCUCGCCUCCAACCUCCGCUCCUUCACCUGCAUCGACAGCCUCAAACGCCUCACCGGCGUUUGGCUCAGCCGCCUCCAGAACCUCACCGACUUGACUGUCUCCGGCGUCGUCGUCAACACUAGUGGCCCCGCUAUCAUCAUCGGACCCAUGAAAAAACUCCAAUCUUUGACCAUUUCUCACGCAAAUCUCUCCGGGUUACUCCCAAAACACUGGCAUCUGAACCUUACCCACAUUGAUUUGGCCGGCAACAAGCUCAGAGGCAAGAUACCCAGUUCCCUAACCCGGCUUGAAAACCUCCAGUUCUUGAAUCUCUCUUCCAAUGAGCUCGAAGGAGAGAUGCCCAGUUCGUUUGGAGAUUUAUUAUCUCUACAAAACGUUUCUCUGGCAUCCAAUUCUUUGUCUGGUUCGGUCCCUGAAUCAAUUGCGGCUAUCCCGUCUCUGGUUCACCUCGAUCUGGGUUCCAAUCAGCUCAAUGGAACAAUCCCGAAGUUCAUUUCGGACAUCAAAGACUUGAAGUACCUGAAUCUUGAGAAGAACAACUUCAAUGGGAUAAUGCCAUUUAACGCCUCGUUCAUUAAGAGAUUGGCCGUGUUCAAGAUUGGUGGCAACACCAACCUUUGCUACAACCAUUCAACCAUUUCUCCCAAAGUGAAGCUCGGGAUUGCUCCCUGUGACAAGCACGGGCUGCCCCUUUCGCCGCCGCCGGCGCACAGCUCCGGCGACAGUAGCGACGACGGCGAAAGCUCCGAUGAUGAUUACAAUUUGGAAGAUGAUAGUAGUAAGCACAAGAAAGAGUCUCACGGGCCAAAUAAGGUUGUUCUUGGAGUGGCAAUUGGGCUCUCGUCAGUAGUCUUUCUCAUUAUCUUCUUGGUGCUCAUCUCCAAAUGCUGUCGAUAAAAUCAGAAACAAAUCAGAAAGAGAAAGUGUUGUUGGUCCGCUCACAUUAGAGCAAAAUUGAUAGUGUUUUUAUAUGAAUUUCAUUUUAUUUAUUAUAUAUUAAAUAAUGAUUGGAUGAACAGAUUCAAGGAGGGUAAAGUAAAGUGGGGAGAAAGAGAUAAAAAAAAAAAAAAAAAAGAGUUGUGAAUUGCUACUGAUUUUGAGUGGGUGAUUCGUUAGAUUGGUGCAGUUAUGUUUUAUUGCUCUGUUUUUGGUAACAAAAAUUUGGUGAAUAAGAGAACUCUUCUUUUUAGCCAUGGCAGCUGUAGAAAAGAAAAGGCCAUUGAUGUGGAUUUUCGGAAGGUUAUACUAAAUUUUAAUAUUUAAUAUUUAUUAAAUUAAUUAAAAAGAAAUACGUAAUCGCUAUACUAAAUUGAGUCUACGAAUUUGGUGGGCCGUGUUUUGAAUUCUGAUACAGACUUGUACCCAUUGUAUUUAUUUUUCC